GGGAACCAGCUUCCCAGCCCGAGAGGGGAGGGGGCUCGGCCUCAGGCGGGUGAGGGGCGUGACAUGUCUCUCGAAGAUCCGUUUUUUGUAGUCCGAGGCGAGGUGCAGAAGGCGGUGAACACGGCUCGAGGGCUGUACCAGCGGUGGUGCGAGCUUCUGCAUGAGGGCGCGGCGGUCGGACGCGAGGAGCUGGACUGGACGACCAAUGAGCUGCGGAAUGGCCUGCGCAGCAUCGAGUGGGAUCUCGAGGACCUGGAGGAGACCAUCGGCAUAGUGGAAGCCAACCCAGGCAAGUUCAAGCUCCCAGCCGGAGACAUGCAGGAGAGAAAGGUGUUUGUGGAGAGGAUGCGGGAAGCAGUCCAGGAAAUGAAGGACCAUAUGGUCAGCCCCGCAGCCAUAGCCUUCAUGGAGAGGAAUAAUAGAGAGAUGCUGACAGGCAAGCCAGCCACCCUGAAGUCAUCCAGCGACUUGCUGGACACCAGUGUGGUCUCAACCACCUCUCGCUACAUUGAAGAGCAGCAGGCCACACAGCAGCUGAUCAUGGACCAGCAGGAUCAACAGCUGGAAAUGGUGUCUGGGAGUAUCCAGGUUCUGAAACACAUGUCCGGCCGCGUCGGGGAGGAGCUAGAUGAGCAGGGCAUCAGUAUGCUGGACACCUUUGUUCAUGAGAUGGACCACACCCAGUCCCGGAUGGAUGGGGUCCUCAGGAAGAUGGCCAAAGUAUCCCACAUGACCAGUGACCGCCGACAGUGGUGUGCCAUUGUGGUGCUGCUGGGGGUGCUUCUCCUGGUCCUCAUCCUGUUCUUCUCUCUCUGAUCCUGGUCCUCCCCAGGAAGCUGGUCCCUCCAACUGGGGGGGCCAGCAGAGCCCUGCCCCCUGGGAGGAGGGGGAUCAUGCCUGGGGAGCUGUCCCAAGGCUUCAUCCAGAGCCAGUAGGACCCUCAGGGCCCUGGGUGGGAGCCCCCACCACUGGUUCUGUCUCAAGUGCGCUUAGGGGGUGGUGGAGGUAGGGGGACCUCAGACACGCCCCUCCCCAUCUCUCCUUCCCGUGCCCCAAAGCCAUCGCUUUGCCCGUGUGCCUUCUACAUGUGUCAACUUGGAAAUAAAAUCCCAGCCUUUGUUAUAUA